CGAACCACGCCCACCCCACUCGGAUCCAGAGAAGGAUUCAAAAGAACAUCUACCAGCUCCGCAGCAUCGUACACGGAAGAAGCAGGGGCCUCUGUUGGAAGAGAUGGUGAUGGGCCUGGGCUCCCUGUUGUUGGUCUUCAUGCUGGGCCUGGGUCUGACCCCACCAACCCUGACUCAAGACGGCUCCAGUUACAAACACUUCCUGACCCAGCACUAUGAUGCCAAACCAAGGGGCUGGAAUGAGAGAUAUUCUGAAAGCGUAAUGGGGAAAUGAGGCUUGACCACACCCUGCAAAGGCACCAAUUCCUUCAUUCAUGGCAACAAGGGGAACAUCAAGGCCAUCUGUGGAAAUUGGAAUGGAAUCCCUCACACAGAAAAUUUAAGAAUAAGCAAAUCUUCUUUCCAGAUCACCACUUGCAGGCAUGUAGAAGGGUUCCUCUGGCUGCCAUGCUGGUACAGAGCUACACAAGAGUUCAGAGACAUUGUUGUUGCCUGCAGAAGUGACUCACCUGUCCACUUUAACAAGUCUUUUUUUCUGUCCACAACCAAUAGGCCACUAGCCCAGAGCUGGGGCUGCCAUCUUUCUGUGGCGCUUCCCCUCCACAGCCCAGAAUGGUGGGGGCAACAUUCAUUGCCAGAAGCUCAGAAAAUGUGCUACCUAGAUCUUUUGUUUCCUGUUUUACAACACAUUUAAUAAAUCAAAAUGUCUGAAAUCAGUAAGAAUCAAAGCCUUCUCACUGAUUGAUGACAUAUUGAGCUUUCCCCAAGUUCUCUAUUCAGAUACUCCCCCAAGAGAAUGGGAUGAACUAGAAAUGCCUUUUCCCUUAUCAGUCAGCUCUAGGCAUAGUAGGGAGGUAGGCUUUACCUUUCAUGAAGGUAAUGAUAAUAAGUUGAUUUUACAGAGCGAGCUGGGAAAAUUCCAUGGCUCGUAGCCCCUGAGAAUAAUUUUCAGGUGAAGCAAAUUAUUUUUGCUAUCAAAUAGUAAGUCAGUAUUACUUUUCUAAAUAGGAGACCAUGGGGAGAAGAGUCUGGGAGUAAGGAGCAACAGAUUAAUUACAGUCUCUCUGUAACACACACAAACACGCACACUUAAAUAUCCUGCAUGAAUACCAAAAUCCAUUCAGGGUAGCCAUCUCUUGUCUUAAGCAGGAGUUACUUUUGAUAUUGGUUUGAGUGGAAUGCUCCCAGGAUGUUCUUUUGUCAUGGUUAUUUAAUAUAAACUUUAAUUUUUUUUAUUACAUUGUUUUCUUUUUACUGUUUUACGUCAUGAUGUCUGGCAACUGUGAGGUCUUAGAAAAGUUACAGAAAGAUUCUGAACUUAUCACUUAUUUUUCUUCAACUAGAUUUGUUUUCAAGUAAACAUAAACUUAGGUUAACAAACACUUUCUUUGUAAAACUCACUAAUCAAUCCACAGGUUCAAUGGUUCCCUUCACUACCUAAUUUCUAUCAACAGAUACCUGGAUAUUUUAUUUAGAAUGUGUUGUUGUUAGUCAUCACUGAGUCAGCUCCAACUCAUGGCAACCCCAUAUACAGCAGAAAGAAACAUUGCCUGGUCCUGUACCAUCUUCCAGCACUAUGUUAGGUAAUAUUCUGUUUGGAUCCGUAGAGUUUUCAUUAGCUGAUUUUCAGAAGUAGAUCAACAGGCCUUUCUUCCUAGUCUGUCUUAGUCUAGCAACCACCGUGGCUGACCCUGCUGGUAUUUGAAAUACUGGUGGCAUAGGUUCCAGCAUCCUAGCAACAUUCAAGCACACCACAAUACAACAAACUGACAGAUGGGUGGUGGUAUUUAGAAAGUAAUUGUUAAUAAACUACAAUUAUAGGUCACUAGUUUAAAAAAAAAAAUUUUUUUUUUUUUUUAGUUUAGCUGUCUUGUGAAUUUAUGACUAGUGGUCACAGUAUUGCCUAUGGUGGCCUCUCCUGAUGUCUGCAUUGCCUUGAAAUGGGUCAAAAGACCUGAUUACCCAAUGUCCAGGUGUCAUCUGGGAGAAGGUAGACUCACUGAAAGUACUCAGACUUAUGGAGGAAGGAGAAGUAGGCUGCUGGUACACUUUCACCACAGAAAUCUCUCCACCAUCUGUUAGCCAUAAAGCACUGUCAUUUCCUAAGAAAAUAGAGAGAAAAAAAGUUUUCCAAACCUCUUAUUAGAACAUUUGACUUGUUAUAAAAUCUCAAAAACCUAUUAGGAAGUGAGGAAGUCACAGCUUUUAGUAGAAAACUUGUACCCUUUUCUCAAGUCUCCUAAUCAGUAUAUCUCGCUGAAGAGAGGCAAAGUGACUUCCUAUCGGUCAGUGCUCCACUCAUGGUAUUGACGGGGAAAGUCAAAGAUAUGGGUGGACCACUGUGGAUUGAAUUGCGUCCCCUGAAAAUAUGUGUUUUAGACCAUAAGCCCUAGACCUACGGAUGUAAUCUCAUUUGGGAAUAGGUCUUUCUUUAUUAUGUUAAUGAGGUCAUACUGCUGUAGGGUGUGUCUUAAGUGAAUCACUUUGAGAUAUAACAGGAAGAGAUUAGGCACAGAAGCAAGAAAGGACAAAUAGGGGAAGAUAGAUACCACGUGGAGAUCUCCAAGGAACACCGGGAAGAAUCCCAGAGAAGUGGAGACAAGGGUUUCUCUCAGAGCGGACAGAGAGAGACCUCCCCCAAAGCAGAUGCCCUAAAUUCCAGAUUCUAAUCUCCUAAACUGUGAGAAAAUAAAUUCAUGUUCUUUAAGGCUACCCACUUGUAGUAUUUCUGGUAUAGUAGCACUAAAAAACUAAGACAACCAUUAUUAUAUUGACCAUGUCAUAGCUGUGAAAACUCACGUCCUCUUCAAACAUCCACUGAGAGCAUUAUGCUUACAUACCUUGCUCUGGUGUUAGGGGAAAUGACUGCUUCACAGGAAAUCACAUGGCCAUGGGAUGAGGGUGCUUCCUGAUCUCCUGGGUGGAGAUAGCAGCUGAGUAGCUAAUCUUAGUACUUUCAAUCUGAAUCUCCUGUACUAUCACAACUAAAAGCUGUUUGGAAUGAAGAGUCAAGUGUCAGGCAAAUCAUUUAUCUUAAGCAAAUCGUUUAAGGAAUUGAAGUCGGUAUCAGCUGUGCUUUGUUGACUUCACAAGGAAAAGAGAAGAAAAACUCCAAAAAUGUCAAGUGCCUUAAAGAAUGGUGACAUCCAAGGAAGAAAAUUCUGUACAACUUAGAGAACAAAAAAUUUUCCAGGAACACAACAUAAAUUUCAAUAACUAACAUCUCAUAGUUUACAAGUGGCCUUCCAAUUUCUUGGGAUACAAGUAACCUACAGAAUAGAGAGAGAGUCAACACAGCUUUGUUGUUGAUGUUAGGUGCCCUCGAAUCAGUUCCAACUCAUAGUGACUCUAUAUACAACAAAACCAAACACUGCCUAGUCAUGUGCCAUCCUCAUAAUCGUUGCUAUGUUUGAGCUCAUUGUUCCAGUGUAUCAAUCUAUCGCAUUGAGGCUCCUCCUCUUCUUAGCUGAUCCUCUACUUUACCAAGCAUGGUGUUCUUUUCCAGGGACUGGUCCCUCCUGAUAACAUGUCCAAAGUACGUGAGAUGAAGUCUUGUCAUCCUCGCCUCCAAGGAGUACUCUGCCUGUAUUUCUUCCAAGACAGACUUGUUUGUUCCCCUGGCAGUUCAUGGUGUAUUUAGUAUUCUUCGAUAACACUAUCAUUCAAAGACAUCAAUUCCACCACGCAUCUGUGGGUUUGUCGUACUGUGGUGGCUUGCGUGUGGCUGUGAUGAUACUGGAAGCUUUGUCAUCGGUAUUUCAAAUUCCAGCAGGGUCACCCUUGGACAGGUUUCAGUGGAGCUUCCAGAUUAAGACAGAUUAGGAAGAAGGACUUGGCAGUCUACUUCUGAAAAAAUUGGCCAGUGAAAACAACACAGCAGAGUCAACCGUUAUUUUUUCUAGAUGGGAGGAAGCCAGGGAAACGAAGACAAAUGAUGAUGAUAAAAUUAUAUUGCCAACAUUUCCUGAGUACUUACAUACCACAUAUUAGCCAUUGUGAUAAACACUUUACGUUGAUUUUCUCCUUUAGUCUUCAUAACAUCCAUAGGGGGUAGGUUAUUAUUGUUAUGCUCAUUUUACUUAUGAAUAAAUAUACUGAGAGAAGUUGAAUAAUUUCCCCAGUGUCACAAAGCUGGUGUGGCAGAGGUAGAUCUUUGAGAUCACAGCAUCAAAAGAAGUUCUUAUUGGGAGUCAGUGUGGUACAGUGAGAAAGCCUUGGGGCAAGCCCUGACCGGAAAGUAUGUGUUGGAGGACACUUUGGGUAUCAUUUCAUUUUCUCUUCUAGCUGGAGCCUUGAGAUGCACCCGUGGAUCUCUGCAUUGGACCUCUGUUCUCAAAUAUUUUUCUGUGGCUUGUUAACUUGGUUGGUUAACAUCUUAGUUAUCUAGUGUGGGUAUAACAGAAAUACCACAAGUGAAUGGCUUUAACGAAGAGAAAUUUAUUCUCUCACAGUUUAGUAGGCUAGAAGUUCAAAUUCAGGGUGCCAGCUCCAGGGGGGGAAGGAUCUCUCUCUCUGUUGGCUCUGGAGGAAGGUCCUUGUCCUCAAUCUUCCCUGGUCUAGGAGCUUUUUAAGGUAGGAACCCCAAGGCCCAAAGGACACACUCUGCUCUGGGUGCUGCUUUCUUGGUGGUAUGAGGUUCACCUGUCUUUCUGCUCACUUCCCUCUUUCAUAUCUCAAAAGAGGUGGGCUCAAGACACAAUUCAAUCUUGUAGAUUGAGUCCUGCCUCAUUAACAUGACUGCCACCAAUCCCAUCUCCUCAACAUCAUAGAGAUAGGAUUCAUAACACACAGGAAAAUCACAUCAGAUGGCAAAAUAGUGGACAAUCACACAAUACUGGGAAUUAUGGCCUAGCCAAGUUGACACACAUUUUUGGGGGACACAGUUCAAUCCAUGACAGUUAGUGUGGCUGAAGCCAGGGGUUUGAUCUCCCAUGAAUAGUUUAACUCUUCUGUGCAACCAGUUAUCUUGCUAGACCAUGUUCUUGGUCACAAGACACAGCAUGAGAGAAAGUAGGUAAGAUCACGUAAGAUUAGUGAAGAGGCUGGGAAAACAGCUCAAAGUAAAUUGCUCAGCUAAAACUAUAUCCAGGUAAUGAGUGUACCUUCAGAAGUUUUAUCCGCUUGUCUUGGGGUGAGGAGUAAAUGAAGAUUGUCCAAACCCACCAAUCUUCUUCCUUUCACUUCCCUUUCUUCCUAACAUCAUAUCUUGUAUCUACAAAUGCAGACACAGGACUAUGACAUAAAGCUUUAUAUCUUUCUGUGCAAAGAAAAAAUGCUAUGAAUCUAAGACGUGGGGUUUGAAAGAAUGAUAGCAAUGCUUGAUGGUGAUAAUUAUUACUAAUCAAAGGAUAGGCUUAAGGUGGAAUGAAUUGCAGUUCAUUUCAGCUCUAUCCACCCACGCAGUACACUCUGCUAUUGUGAAGCAGCAUCUUUGAAAACGAAGGGCAGUAGCGCCCAUAUACAUCGGUCCCGGGGUUCAGGGUGGCCUGCCCUUGGACAGCACAAGUUGAGAUGAUUGUUCACUUCCUAUUAAAUCAGGGAUGAUUUUUCUUUGCUCUAGUGAGUCAGCCCUGCCUCCUUGCGAGAACCCAUUGCCGUCGAGUCAAUUCUGACUCAUAGCGACCCUAUAGGACAGAGUAGAACUGCCCCGUAGAGUUUCCAAGGAGAGCCUGGUGGUCUCGAACUGCCGACCUUUUUGGUUAGCAGCAGCGCCUAACCACUAUGCCACCAGGGUUUCCGCAUUGCCAAGAAGCAAGUGUAUUUACAGUUUAUGUCAAUGCCAAGAGUGAGCGCCAGAUGGCAGUGUCUGAAUAGCCAUGAUUGGCGCGUGAUUUCCCCCUCCACCCUCAGCCCUUUAAACUGAGCUAGAGAGGAACUAGCUCUGAGCAUAAACGGUCUGUAAUACCCUGAAUAUUUACGGAGUGGGAGGAGAGAGGCCAGUAAAACAUGAUGGAAACAGCACAGGCUUUGGAAUCAGAUAGAACUGGAUGCCGUCUUCAGUCAACAAAAACAAUUAGUUCUGAAACUGCAUGACUGUCUUUGUUGUUGCUCUUAAGUUUUUGUUUUUUAAAUCUGUGU